CAGGCAUUAGCACGGACAGCAUCACGAAGGACCCCAAAACAACAACCCGGAAGUGGUGAAUGUUUUCAGCUAAGCGGCUAGCUACCUCUGUAAAUGAAGUAGUGGUGUUUAUUUAUGAUACAGAGCCUUCACUGGAAACAUGAACAGCCUUUCUCCAGAGCUGGCCCUGAGCCGGAUGUCUCCCGAGCUGAGGCCGUUACUUUGCACUGUUGUACGCAACGGCCGUGUCGGUUUAGAUUCCACCAACUGCCUGCGGAUCACCGACCUUAAAUCUGGUUGCACAUCUCUGACUCCAGGGCCAUGCUGUGACAGAUUUAAACUGCACAUCCCAUAUGCUGGAGAGACUCUGAAAUGGGACAUCAUCUUUAACGCCCGAGACCCCGAGCUGCCUCCCGACUUUAUUUUCGGAGAGGAUGCCGAGUUCUUGCCGGAGCCUUCCGAGUUACCGCACCUGGUGGCCUGGGAUGCUGACGACCCCGAGUGCCUGCUGCAGCUGGUGAAGGAGCUCCUGCAGCAGUACCACCAGUACCAGUGCCAGAGGCUAAAAGACAGCUCACGUCUGCUCUUCGAGUACGACAGCCUGCUCGAGGACCCCAACUAUGGCCGCAGCAUGGAGAUCUACGCUGGACGCAAGAACAGCUGGACAGGCGAGUUCUCUGCUCGCUUUCUGCUCAAACUCCCAGUGGACUUCAGCAACAUACCCAUCUAUCUCCUCAAGGACACGGCACUGGACCCUGGAGAAGACGUAGCUCUGUUGUCUGUUAGUUUCGAAGAUGCCGAGGCGACUCAGGUCUUCCCCAAACUCUUCUUAUCUCCCAGCAUAGAGCACGCUCUUGGAGGACCCUCAGCCCUGCAUAUUCCAGCCUUUCCAAGUGGAGGCUGCCUCAUCGACUAUGUGCCUCAAGUGUGCCAGUUACUGACAAAUAAGGUACAGUAUGUAAUCCAGGGCUAUCACAGGAGGAGGGAAUACAUCGCUGCUUUUCUCAGUCAUUUUGGAAUGGGGGUCGUCGAGUACGAUGCUGUAGGCUUCACCAAGCUCACACUUCUACUCAUGUGGAAAGACUUCUGCUUCCUAGUGCACGUGGACCUGCCGCUGUAUUUCCCACGAGACCAGCCCACUCUGACCUUUCAGUCUGUGUACCACUUCAGCAGCAGCGGGCAGCUCUACUCGCAGGUGCAGAAGUCGUAUCCGUAUAGUCCACGCUGGGACGGCAACGAGAUGGCCAAGAGAGCGAAGGCGUACUUCAAGAGCUUCAUCCCUCAGUUUCAGGAGGGAGCGUUUGCCAACGGAAAGCUUUAAACGUAGAGAAACAGCGAGGUGGGAAUCGGUCCUGAAGAGAAACUCGAGACGAAAUAUCUGAGCCGAAGAGACGGCCUUGAAAAUCGGAUAACACAACAAACCGCCUGUCCUUCGUGUCUGCGAAACUUUACCCAGAAACACAUUCAAACAAGAUGCCACCAUGUAACAGCCUCUGAAAAAAUAUUUACUGUUCUGCACUGAAGAACAUCUAAACGGAACUGUUUAACUGUUUAACUCUUUAAAAAAGUGUCAACAAUGUCCUGUGUGUCCCAAUAAUGUCUUGUUUUAUCCGUUUUUCCACUUUUUAUUUUUCUCCCGCGUUUUCUUGUGACGUGAGAAGGAAAGCCAGAAUAAAUUUGUUUCUUUCUUUCUUGA